AUGACCGACAUCGCAGACGAGGCCGACAUGCAAGGCGUCGCUCCUCACGAUGUCAUGAAGCUGUAUGCAAACAAAUACGCCAGCGAUUUGGCUACCACUCGCCGAGUUGGUCGGUCCCUGCACAAAUCAGAGCUCUAUCAGUACCAGAAGCUGCUCAAGCACAAGGUCGUCGUCAUCACGGGCGCCGGCAGUGGGUUCGGUCGUAAUGUCGCUCUGGCUUCCGCCAGGAAUGGAGCCAAGGUCGUCAUGGGCGAUGUCAACAAAGCCGGACUACAAGCUGUAGCAGACGAGAUCAAGCUCGCAGGCGGCAAGGUCGUUCACACAGUCUGCAACGUCACUUCGUGGCAAUCGCAGGUCGACCUCUUCAAGCUUGCCGAGAGGACCUAUGGCAAGGUCGACAUCGUCUUUGCCAAUGCAGGCGUUACCGAGAAGCUACAUCCUGGAUUCGAAGACGACGUCAUCGGUGCAGAUGGCGAGCUCACGAAGCCAGACUUGCGCACGCUCGAUAUCAACCUGAUUGGUGUGCUCUAUACCGUCAAACUGGCGGUAUAUCACCUGCGAAAGCAUCGCGAUGCGGGCCGAGCUAUCAUCUUGCUCUCGUCCAUGGCUGGCUUCCACGGCGUACCUAUGGCGCCCAUGUACUCCACCUCCAAGUGGGGCGUACGAGGUCUGCUUCAGUCCUUGACUUUCCUAGGCGCCGCCGAAGGAUUCCGCGUCAACUCAAUUCACCCUUGGUUUGCCUCGACCGGCAUCAUAGAGCCUCUGACGAGGCUCGGUCUGGUGGGUCUACCCCUUUGCGACCUCGAGGAUGUCAAUGGCGCACUCAUUCGUGCAGCCACAUGCCCCAAUAUUCACGGUCGCAUGCUCAUCGUCGAUCCAAAGGGUGUACUCGAGAUCACCACAGACGAGACGGAGGAUACUAUCUAUGCCGAGUUCGGUAGACGAGCUUACAUGACACUGGCACUGGGCGCCACCGUUCGCGAUAUUUCCUAUGUGCUCAGACUGGCCAUAGGUAAAAAUAAACUCAAGAUCUUGUCACUCAUUGCCGCCAUUCUUGGUCUCGUGCAGUUUAGAAGGAGCCGGGUCUGA